AUGCCUUCUCCUCUCUAUGUGCAAUCUGAGUUCUGCACUGAUCAUAGAAGUGAUGAAAAUAAAAGGCUAGAUCUCAAUCUGUGCCAUUCCAUGCCAAAAUUUUCUAUGUUGGAUAAUAAACGCCCGGCCUGGUUUGAUUUAGAUGAAAAAAGAAGGUACAAGAGGGUGAAACAAGAACCAAGUACUAAUAGCUUAUCUACCUUGUCAAGACUGCACUUCAGGGAUUAUAUUUGGGCUUACACAGAAAGGUAUUUAGCAAUUGAGGCUAUGGAAGAAGCAACUGCAGCUAUGGUGGUUAGUGACAAAAAUGAAGUUAAAGAAGAAGAAGGAAGUGAUGGGAUGAAACUAGUGCAACAGCUCAUUUCUUGUGCUGAAGCUGUAGCUUGUCGCGACAAAACACAUGCUUCUGCAUUAUUAUCCGAGCUAAGAGCUAAUGCCCUUGUUUUUGGGACGUCAUUUCAAAGAGUUGCUUCUUGCUUUGUUCAAGGGCUAUCUGAUCGGCUUGUGCUUGUUCAACCACUUGGGGCUGUCGGAAUUUCAGCUUCUCCAGCAAAAACAAUUACUAGUUUCACAUCAGAGAAGGAUGAAGCCUUGCGCCUUUUCUAUGAAAUUUUGCCACAAAUCCAAUUUGGUCAUUUUGUUGCAAACGUGACCAUAUUGGAAGCCUUUGAGGGAGAGAGUUCUAUUCAUGUUAUUGACUUAGGUAUGUCACUUGGCCUACCACAAGGCCAACAAUGGCGUAAUCUAAUACACAGACUAGCUAAUAAUAGCUCGGCCAACCCACCUAAGCGCCUUCGAAUAACUGGCGUAGGAAACUCCGGUGAACGCCUAGAAGCAAUAGGGAAUGAGCUAGAAUGCUAUGCAAGAUGCAUGGGAUUCAAUAACUUGGAAUUUUUAUAUGUCGAAAGCAGCCUAGAAAACCUGAAAGCAGAAGACUUCAAAGUUCUUGACGGUGAAGUUGUAAUCAUAAAUAGCAUUCUUCAGUUACAUUGUGUUGUGAAAGAAAGCCGAGGAGCAUUAAACUCAGUUCUACAAAAACUACAUGAACUAUCACCAAAAGUGGUAAUUUUAGUAGAGCAAGAUUCAAGCCAUAAUGGCCCCUUCUUUCUAGGAAGGUUUAUGGAAGCAUUACAUUACUAUUCAGCUAUUUUUGACUCAUUAGACGCAAUGCUGCCUAAGUAUGACACAAGGCGAGCGAAGAUAGAGCAAUUUUUUUUCGCGGAGGAAAUCAAGAAUAUUGUUAGCUGUGAAGGGCAAGCAAGAGUGGAGAGACAUGAAAGACUGGAUCAAUGGCGGAGGAGGAUGAGCAGGGCUGGAUUUCAACCUGCACCUAUAAAGAAGAUAGCACAAGCCAAGCAGUGGUUAGCUAACGCGAAGAUUUGUGAAGGCUAUACUGUUACAGAAGAGAAAAGUUGUUUGGUUCUUGGAUGGAAAUCAAAGCCUAUAGUUGCAGCUUCAUGCUGGAAAUGCUCCUGAAACUGAAAUCACCUGCUGUUACUCACUAUAUCAGCAGAUUGCAGUUGCAGGUGCUCAAGUGGGAAUGUUUAAGGAUUACUGGGUUUAAGCUCUGAUGUUGGCUGUUGAUCAACAA